GGUCCCCGGCCCGUUCCUGGCGGACGCGAUGGCGCGGAUCACGCUGGAGGACCUGGAGCGACUGGGCGAGGAGCCCGACGGAGACGGCAGCGACAACGAGGACGACGAGGAGGGGGAGGGACGGCUGUUCGCUCACUGGGAGGCCGUGGCCAGCACGCACCGAGUGAACCUACCCCGAGACAUGGCAGGCCCGAUCGCCCAGAUGGCCCGGCACAGGCACGCUCGCGAGCCCGUGCCGUACGUGUCCCUGUCGCAGCACGGGAAGUGCGAGGAAGCGGCCUACGAGGAGCGGCGGUACCCAGCGGGGAAGUGGGCCUGUGUCACCAUGGGGGAGCCCAUGUAUGAGCAGAGCAUCUCCCUGAGCUUCAUGAAGCUCAUGCGCUACAUCUGCAAGGAGAACUCUGUAGGUUGCCAUCUGGGCAUGACAGUCCCAGUGCUCAACGAAAUCCACCUGACCAAGGAGGGCACUGAGCUGGAGCGUGAGGUCCUAACUGCCUAUUAUCUCCCAGGAGCGUACCAGCAAAACCCCGUUCCCGUGGACCCCGAAAUCCACAUCACCGAGAGGGCGCCACUCCGGGUUAUAACCAGGGUUUUCUAUGGGAUGACCACUGAGGAGACGAUUCUGAGGGAGAUCAGUCUCUUCUGGGAGCUCCUGGGCUCCACGGAGGCGGUGCUGCGGGGAACCUACAUCGUGGCUUCCUACGAAAACCCCAGUGUCCCCCAGCGCCGCAACGAGAUCUGGUUCAUCUGCCAGCCCGAGUGAGGCCCCUCCACCACUGCACCCGCUGGAGAUGGCACUUCUGACCCAAAGGAGACGGAGCACAUCCCACUGUUCACCCACACCCUGAGAGACUGAGAGACUGUGGGGUGGGUUUCCAGCCUGCCCUGCAAGGGUCCUGCCAGGAAAAUUCCUGCCUGGCCUGUGCUUCGCCUGCCCCCACAGCUGAGGCUGGAGCUGGCACCAAAGAUGACCUCUAGAGCAAGCUCUUGAUGGGAAGCACGUGGUGGGGGCUCAUUAAGGCAGUAACCUGUGGGCCUGUGUGAUGUGCUGGCCUGACCUGCACCAGGCUUGCAGAGCUGGGCCAGGGUGGGUCCAGUGGUGGGCAGCAUCACAAGGUGAUGGUGUCUAGAAGGUGAAUGACUGUGUACAAUGUGUGAGGCUCAGUGUGGCCUCUGACCUGCUUCCUGUGAGAAUGGCUGCCUGUCCUGAACAGAGCCACUGAAAUGCUGCUACAGAGACAGUUGCGUUCAGAGGGGAAAAGGGCUUGAAUUCAGGUGUGAAUCCUGAGUGUUUCCUGCUGGGGUGAUUUUCUUUGGACUGUUGGGUGCCUCCCUGGCUGUCAUUCACCAUUCCUCAGCCAGGAUUAGGGCACUGGCAGCCUUUGUCCAUCUCUUGUGGGUGCUGUUUGCAGACCUGCUGUGAGCUGAGAGGGGUAGGUCCAGAGAGAGCAGGAGCGGCAUCACCGUGUGUUGUGUUGUGCAUUGGUUAGUGAGUUUCACAUCCAUGAAUGCCAUCAUGCUUUCCUGGGGGAAGCUGGCAGUGCCAACAGUAAAUAAACCCAACUCAAACCACUGCAGCUGCAGAUCACUGAUGGUGGGGAUGGGGGGCAGCUGGGUUGGCUUGGGAAGAGCCUUGCUGUCUCCUUCCUGGAGAUGCUCCAAGCUGCAAAGCUGUGGCUCUAAUUAGCCCAGGUUACAGCUUCCUAUUCAGCCAAACACACCCACUGCAUUACUGCACAGGCUGCUUCUGUUGCUGCUGCAAGAAGUAUGGGUACACUCUCCUCCCUGCAGGUAAGGUGGUUUGUCUGUUGGAUGGGAUGUGCCUCAUUUUUCCCUGGUGCAGAAGUUGGAUCCUGUGGCUGUACUCCACCUGGGCACCUGAUCUUUGGGGUGAGAAUGCAAAUGCAACUGCACGUCGUGCUGGUUGGCUGCAGGAACUGGUGCGCUCCUGCGGGGAUGUGCUCAACAGGCUUGGUGUGGAGAGACUUUUAACUGCUUCUGACGCAGUUCCCAGUGAAUUUUCUCAUGCUGUAUGCCUUGCUGCCACUGUUGCACAAACUCCAGCUCUGGCCCUUUGUCCCUAUACUGCAGCUGAGGGGUAGGAAUGGCUGGAAGGCCUGGCCCCCUCUGUGGUCUCCCUGCCCAGCAGCACAGGUGGCUUCUGCCACUCCUCUCUCCAGUCAGGUGCUGCUUACUGUCCCCUCUGGCUGUGGGGAGCCUGGAUACCCAGCCCGUGGCUGUGGGAACAGAGGGGCUGAGCGUGAUGCACCCUUCUCUGCAAGGGAGCCUGAGGCAGAGUCUGGGGAAGCACAGCAAGGGCACACAGUGGUUUCCUGGCUACCAUAUGAUACAGUUCUUGUUCCUGGGGCACUAAAGGCAUUAUGGACCCAGGAGAUGCUGUCACAGCCUGCAGCACUGAUGUGGCAAAUGCUCCUCAGAGAAGUCAUGAUACUUGGAUCAGCAGUGCUUAGCUCACUUUCCCUCCCGGGGAAAGAAACAAUUCCCUGAAGCUGGGGUCAGGUGGCUCGGUAUCAGUGGGAGAACAAAGUCUGCUAGUGUGUGUGGGACAGAGACCCUUUCUCUUAUCAGGUACUUUGCUUGCCCUGAGCUUGCAGGUGGAAGUAAAACUGCUUUUCUAGAGAGUGUUGAAUGGGCUACCACUUCCUCUGAGGCUGCUUGUUCCCCACCAAAACCAGAACAGCUUUUGGUGGCAGGAGGUGGUGGCUUUCCUGUGAGAGGGGACUGGUCUGUGGUUACUGGCAAAGUUGCACAGCUGCAUGCCCUGUGGCAGCAGCUCUGUGCUCUCCCAGGACGUGGCAAUGGUGGGGGCUUCUGGUGCAGCACCGGGCUGGUGCUGCCACGCAGGGCAGCAAGCACACUCCCAUCCUGUGCCACAGGUUUUGCUGAGUAAAGGCUCCAGCAUCCUCUGUGAUGGAUCCAGCAGUGCUCAGGGCCAUGUCUGAUGGCUCAUCUUCCACACAGUACCAAAACCAGUAUUUUGGAGGCUCAACAAACCGGCUGGAAAGCUGGCGUUCAGAGUGACAGCUGCCAGAGCCGGUGGUGCAGGGCUGCAGCAGGUUCCACCAGAGGCACUGGGUCGGGCAGAGAGGCUCCGUCUGGGCCAUGCAGAUGGACAGACGGCUCUCGCUGCUCGGGUCCUGCAGAGGAGCAGCAAGGAGCAGCAGCGUGCUGUACACUCGGACUGUGUGUCCAGCCUCUGCCCGUAGCAGGGUGCAAAGCUCCUGGCUCCUCGCUGCCCCGGUGCCUCCACAGGGUCAUUCACAGCCGUACAGACCGGGAUCUUCCGCCAUCCGUUUAACAAUCAUCGCGGCUACAAGGAGCCCCUGGGCGGGAGGAGAGCGGCGUCGCAGCUCGGUGCACC